AUGGACAGUUUACUAGUAAAUACAAUAAAAGAGAUGACACAAGGAGUAUUACUAGACAAGAUUUAUGACGAAGGAAACUUGAACAAUGUAAUAAAAAUAAUGACGAGUAGAAGAUUUGAGGAUAGUUGCAUUAGACCAGAGUAUAGGAAGUUUAAAACAAAGGGGGACAAUUCCACAGAUAAAUGGAAUAAUAAGUAUCCCGAUAGAGGUCAGAAAUGCAACAACAAUUUUGAUAAGAAUCAAAGCACGGGACCAGGUGCAAAUAAUCAAGGUAAUCAAAAUGAUGCUAGAUAUAAUGUGUCAGGGCAAUAUAAGCAGAAUUUUAGCGGAAGAUAUAAUAACAAUAAUAGACAGAUGAAUUCAGGUAAUUUUCAACGACAACAAACGACUGGAAACCCUAAACAGAAUUCCGGUCAAUACCGUCAGAAUCAACCUAGACAAAACCAGGUCGAACCAAUAGAAAUUGAUAACGUAGAAACUGACCAAGACAGAUCUCGAAUCGCAGGACACCCUAGCAACAGUAGCAGCCAAAAUCGCUUGCAAUCGCCUAGGCAAAGCAAUAGAGAAUCUGAAGAAUAUAAAGAA